AUGGAGAACCCUGAUUGGCGGGCCGCGGGGGUGAAAAAGGGCGUUAUGAACGACCGCUUUCGAGGUGGUGAUUUUGCGGGUUGCGGGUUGGUGCUGUUCCCGCUGGGGACCGACUUCUGCUGCUGCCCGCGCGGCUCAGGCCGUAAGGCUGCGGGUCCAUCACCAGCUACACGCGCUUCACGGACCCUCCCUGGAGCACAGCAAUUCGAAUAA